AUGAAUACAUGUACCUUUCAAUCUGUCCUCCCGCACCCGUCCGUCUCUCAGGCAGUUGAGUCUGUCGCGCAAAAUUAUGUGCCAACAUCCAUUGCCUCCUUUCCUUCGCUGGAGUAUCGUGAUGCUACCUCCUCAUUAAACUACCUAGCGAAGUACCAGUCAGGUUUCAAGUAUGCUAGGUUUUGUUCAGAGGCACGAGUCACAUAUCAAAUAGUGAAUGAGGCAUCUGCGUUGUGGCACGACCAGACAAGUCGCCUGCGUCUGUUUCGUCCGCUCCUUCACUGUAUUUAUCAUGUUGCUAGAUAUGCGAGUUGA